UUAAACCUGCCGAAGCAACACAAAAAUUUUCUUUCUUUUUCGCAAAUCGAUAUAACCGUUCGCUCGCCGAAUUAAAAAUCUCGAUAAUCAUGGGUCAUGAAAAUAUCCAUUACUCUCAUCCUCGCAAAUACGGUCAAGGAUCCAGAUCCUGCGGUGCUUGCGCCAAUAGACAUGGUAUAAUCCGUAAAUACGGAUUAAACCUGUGUCGUCAGUGCUUCAGAGAAUACGCUGCUGACAUCGGCUUCAAGAAGCUGGAUUAAGUUUUAUAUACGUGGAGGACUGAUUUUGUGGCAUACACAAGUUUCUCAUUCAAGUUUUUAUUUUUGAUAGUAAGGAGGCAGAAUGUCAAAGAUGUAUAUAACAGAAAAUCAGUAAAUCUUAAAAAAAAUUUAAA